AGCGGCUUGGAGGCCAAUCUUGCUCCUAGGCGAGGCUGCAUGCUUCCCCUUCAACUGAUAAUUGAUAUGACUAAUCUCCUCGCCGAAACAACCCUCAUAAAGUGUUAUCCAAGUGCAGAAAUGCAGGUGCAGAAACCACAAGCAAGCACAAGAAAAAAGACCACCGGGGCGGUGGAUGUGGUGAGUAACAAUAUCUUCGUCAAGCGCAAAUAA